GCGCGAUUUCCUUCUUUUACACGAUCCAACUCUAAGUAAACCAUGCGGUAUAAACGAAGCCCAAUUUUCAAACUGACAAUCACCGGUUUUGUUUACGUUUCGGGCUGUAGAACCAGCUGUGUUGUGUGUUGUUUGUGGAAUUCCUUACACUGGAACAUCCUCCAUGGACUCCAAAAUGGACACAAAUCCUGAGCCGACGGGGAGUAAAAUGGCUGUUGAUUGGCAAUCCUAUGUCGGCGAUUUUGAUCGUUUAUGCCGGCUCUGCCUAUCCCGGGAACGGUUGAUCUCUAUCUACUGCAACGUACAGGGACGGAAUGUGUACUUUAUAAGAAACUUUGUAAAGUUUGCACUCGAUUUACUUAAGAUAAAGAUAAACAAGAACGAUGCGUUGCCAAACUUUCUGUGUGAAGCAUGUGAGAAGAACCUGAACGUUAUUGUAAAUUUCAAACGCAAAUGCGACGAUUCAAUACAAAUUCUGCAUCGAAUUCGGGAAGAGAAAGCUAAAACAAAUCGUUCCGAGAAGACUGAUGUUUUGCCACGCAAAAGCAAAAGAAAAUCGGCUACCAAACGAGUGAAGCAAAAUUGUGAAGAAAUACUUAAAAAGUUACCCCAUGGAAUACGGGUACAGAAGAGAUCAGCCAAUCUAACUCAAAAAGAUGUCGAAGAAAACACUGAAAAUGAAGGAUCAGAGCGCAUCACAUCGUCGGGAGCAUCUAUGUGUGCAUUGAUUGAGGGUCAAAACAAACCGGAAGUACAAAAUGAAGCUGCAGUUACAGAGCAGGAUCGGGUGAUAGAGGCAUUAAAUGACGAUGGAAAAUGUGCAACAUACGAAGAGGAAAUAGAGUUCACCUAUACGGAUGAUAAUUUAGAAGAAGUCGAUCAUCCCGAAGAAGUUACAAUCAUCAUACAAAACGAAUGUCCAAUCGGCACUAGUGAUGCGACAGCUUUAGAAUCAAAGAAACCCGUUACCAAGGAGAAGAUAGCGUGCUCCGUAUGUGGAACAUCGGUGAACAAUAUCCGGUCGCAUAUGGCCAUCCAUUCGGUACGGUCGCACCGAUGCGACCAAUGUCCAAAAAGCUUUACCUCGCGCCACAAGCUACAAUCGCACAUUAACGGUGUACACUUGCGCAAGCGUGACUUUAAGUGCGAAAUCUGUGGCAAAGCCUUUCUGGAGAACAACAACCUGAAGGGACAUAUGCGAAUACACAGCGGGGAGCGAAAGUAUGCGUGCGAUCUCUGCCCGAAGCGGUUCCUGUUUGCCGGAACGCUACGCAGCCACAUGCUGACGCAUUCGCAGGAGAAGCACCACAAGUGCGAGAUUUGCGACAAACUGUUCCUGUUGCGCACGACGCUCAACAAGCAUCUGCGAGUGCAUACGGGUGAAAAGCCCCACAGCUGCAGUGUGUGUGAUAAGCGCUUCCGAACCACCACGCACCUGGCCGUGCAUAUGCGUACACACACUGGGGAGAAGCCGUUGUGCUGCCGAAUUUGUGGAAUGGCUUUUGCGCAUCAUAAGGGUCGUAGCGUGCACAUGAAAGCCAAACAUCCCCAAGAGCUGGUGGCGCUCGGUUUGAUCGAUGAUAAAGGGCAUUUAAAGUGUACGGAUACGGUGGAGAUGGUUGCUUCGAAUGCUAAGUAUUGAGUUGUCGGGAAGUGUGUCGAAUUCUUUAGCGACUUUUUCAUUAUAAGUUCGUCUUAAUGAGCCAUAUGGGCCAUAUACAUAUUUUAUGGCUCUGUUUGCCAUAGGAACGAUCUCGUGAUACAGUCGUCAACUCGCACGACUUAAGACCAUGCUCGUCCUGGGUUUAAGCCUCGUAUGGGUCGUUCCCCCGAAGCAAAGUGAUUGUCUAUCUGACUGCGUGGUACUUAAAUAAGUCUCGAAAUCCUGUAUAGGUCGACAUUAACGCGGAUGUCGUUACGCCAAAAGGAAGAAGAAUAAAAAGAAGAAGAUCGCCAUAUUUAAUGCACUAAAUGUAUGUGUAAACAUUAAACGUCUGCGUAAAACGUCUUGUCAAAUAAAUACAUUGUUAUACAUUGCCUUAAUCGGAAUUUCGAACAAA